AUGGGCCUUCCAGUGGCGGCUGCGUCGCUGGUCAUCGCUAUCAUCGUCGCAAUCGUCGGGGCUUGGAGAUUUUUCGUCUGCCAGAAUGUUAUGGCAAAGAGCCGGAUCGUUGGAAGUGGGGCGGUGGUGGUUGUGCUUACUGCUCUUACCGCCUCGCUGCUCGGAACUUAUUUUGUUCUAGCAAUCAUCGUUGAUCCUGAGAUCUAG